UUUCCAUGCCGGAAGCACAUGUAAAUUUGGGAACAUGGCAGGAUUGAAUCUCUUGUCAGAUCAAGGCUUUAGAAUAGAUGGCAGAAAACCAAAUGAAUUAAGACGAAUCCAGUGCAAAUUAGGUGUAUUCAAGCAAGCAGAUGGAUCAGCAUACAUUGAACAAGGAAAUACAAAAGUACUUGCCACAGUCUAUGGUCCACAUGAAAUCAGAGGGAGCAGAGCAAAGCUAUUACUUGACAGAGUAUUGGUAAAUUGUCAAUACAGCAUGGCUACCUUUAGUACUGGGGAGAGGAAGCGUCGACCAAGAGGUGACAGAAAAUCACAAGAAAUGACAAUGCAUUUAAAACAAACAUUUGAUGCAGCAAUCAUGACAAAUUUAUAUCCACGAUCACAGAUUGACAUUUUUGUUGAAGUGCUCCAAUCUGAUGGUGGAAAUUAUUGUGCUAGUGUAAAUGCUGCUACUCUUGCUCUUAUCGAUGCUGGUAUUCCAAUGAAAGACUUUGUUUGUGCUUGUUCAGCAAGUUUUGUGAAUGAUAAUCCUAUUGCUGAUAUAAACUAUCUUGAAGAAUCAUCUGGUGGACCAGAAUUAAUUGUUGCAACACUACCAAAAUCUGACCAGAUAGUUUUUCUUGAACAGAAUUCUAGGCUUCAUGAGGACAAUCUAAGUAAGGUGAUUGACUUAGCAGUGAAAAGUUGUAAAGAUGUUUACACUGUCCUAGAUAGAACAGUUAGGGAUCAUGUCAGUGAAGUGUCAAAUUCACAUGGAUGGGAUCAUUAAAAAAAAUGUCUCCUGUACUA